AUGUUUCGCAACUAUUUACACCUUCCCAAAACCAUCAAAAUUCAGCCCUUUAAGUGGAAUGACUCAAGCCGGAUGUUAGAAGCUGCAAAAAUAAACUCUCCACUCCACUUCAAUAACCUUGUUGAAAAACGGGUUUACAAGCAGAAAUCCGAGCCACCAGAAGUCCCAUCAUCGAGAGUCAGGAUCUUUAACGAGCUGAAGUAA